AUGGAGCGCGUGGAGGAGCGGGACGAGGUGGUGGCCGCGCUGGACGCGCAGUACAAGACGAUGGUCGACGAGCAGCCCGGCAACGCGCUGUUCCUGCGCAACUACGCGCAGUCCCUCCACGAGGUGAAGGGCGACACCAGUAGGGCCGAGGAGUACUACUCGCGCGCCAUGCUGACGGAUCCCAGCGACGGCGAGAUCAUGUCGCAGUACGCCAAGCUGGUCUGGGAGGUGCACCACGACCCGGAGAGAUGCCUCGGCUACUUCCAAAAGUCGGUGCAGGCUGCCCCACACGAUAGCCAUGUCCUCGCUGCGUACGCGAGCUUCUUGUGGGAGCAGGACGACGACGACUGCAGAGACCAAGGCACGGGUGGAGCGGCGGCACCGGAGCGCGCCGCGCGAACAGGGCAAGCGAUGGAGCUGGCGUCUGCGGCCGUCUGA